AUGCUCUGUGGCACCACCAGCCUGGCCUCCUCUCUUCCCCAAGGCGCCGAGGACAAGGACCCCUUGGGCUUCCCCAGGGCUGACCGGUCCCUUGUUCCCCCGCCACCUCCCCUGCCCUCUGCAAAUGUGGACAGCUGUGAGAAGUGGCUGGACUGCAAGAGUGACUUCCUGGCCAAGUACCUGAGCCAGGCGCUGCGGGCCCUGCCCAGCUGCCCAUGAGCGUACGUGUUGGAGGCCGCGUCCAGCGCCGUGAGCCUGUGGGAGGAACAUCAAGGCCGCAGCUUCCGCUGGAGGGAUGCCAGCGGCCCGCGCGAGUGCCUGGACGUGUACCGGUCCACAGUCCCUUCUGCCUGCGUUCUCUGCAGCAGGCCGGCAGCCCAGCACUGCUGCUACGACGUGAGCAGCCGGCUGCUGACCCGGGGCAAGGAUGCCGGCGUGCCCGACUUGGUCAGCACCGACGUCUCGCCCGAGCUUCACUUCAAGGUGGACACGCUGCCCUGGAUCCCGUGUAAGGCGGACUGCACCCGCUACCACGCGGUGCGGCCCGCCAACAAUGGCCGAGCCUGCGCGGACAACCCUCCCGAGGAGGAGUACCUGGCCCAGUUGCAGGAAGCCAAGGAGUACUAACGAGAGGCUGCCGCGCUGGACAACGUUUCCUCGCAAGACCCCCGCCUUCGCCCCACCUCUGCCCAGACCCGGUGAGGCCAGGCUGGAGCCUCGAGCCCUCUGCCUGGGAACCUGGGGCGGGCAGGUCAGCACGGUGUGGGGUCGGCUUAAAAGAUGUGUAAGGGGCCCAGGGUGAGGAGCUCCGCCCCCUCCAGGGGCCCAGGGUGAGGAGCUCCGCCCCCUCCAGGGGCCCAGGGUGAGGAGCUCCGCCCCCUCCAGGGGCCCAGGGUGA